GCAAUCAUAAAUUGGGCCAAACGGAUCGAACCCAUGUCAGUGAUUUCCUUCCCCUUCUUGUCAAUCUCGAAAACCUGUUACUGCUUCCUAACUUGAGUGUUUUCUCGGGAAAAUUAGCAGAAAAUGGCAGAUGAGACGACUGGGAGCAAUGGAAACCAUGGAGUUGUCUUGGAAAUGAAAGACACUUCCAACGCCAAGGAAGAGACUACAAGCCCUUUAUUCUCUUUUCCCUUCAUUCAAAAGUUGAUCGCGGAGGUCUUUGGGACCUACUUCCUGAUAUUCGCGGGCUGCGGGUCGGUGGCGGUGAACUUGGACUUCGACAAGGUGGUGACGCUCCCAGGGAUAUCGAUAGUUUGGGGUUUGGCGGUGAUGGUGCUGGUGUACUCGGUCGGACACAUCUCCGGCGCCCAUUUCAACCCGGCGGUCACCGUUGCUUUCGCCACAUGCAGGAGGUUUCCAUGGAAACAGGUACCACCAUACAUAUUGGCACAAGUCGUGGGAUCGACACUGGCAAACGGGACGCUGCGUUUGCUAUUUACCGGCGAACUGAACCAUUUCCUAGGGACUAAACCGGCCGGUUCGGAUGUGCAAGCGUUCGUCUUCGAGUUCAUCAUCACUUUUUACCUCAUGUUCAUCAUCUCCGGCGUCGCGACGGACAAUAGAGCAAUCGGGGAGCUCGCUGGCCUUGCUGUUGGUGCAACAGUCUUGCUGAACGUGAUGUUUGCAGGUAACGGGAGCAUCUAUGAACCCAGCAAGGAGCUUGGGUCCAGCGAUAGUGUUUCACCAUUACGACAAGCUGUGGAUCUACAUCGCGGCACCAAUGGCCGGGGCGAUUUCCGGGGCAUGGGUCUACAACCUGAUCCGGUUCACUGACAAGCCCAUCCGAGAGAUCACCAAAUCCGGCUCUUUCCUCCGGAGCUCCACCCGAAACUGCUCCUCUUGAGCCAAAACUCAUUCCCCCCACCCCCCCUCUCUCUCUCUCUCUUCUCUUUUAUUUUUGCUGCUCAGGAUGCGUGCAUUCAUAGUGGAAAGGGUUAGUUUCUCUUACUUGGAUAGAUGGUUAUUCCCUUCUAUCUGGUGGAAAUGUUAACUUGUUGUAUUUUCAUUUAGAAAAUUAUUUUCCUAAUGAUCGGAAAAUUAAUUUCAACCUCAUCCGGUUCACCGACCU